AGGAGAAGAAGAGAGCGGUUGUUGUUGAAGGAGAAGAAGAGAGAGCGGUUGUUGUUGAAGGAGAAGAAGAGAGAGUGGUUGUUGUGUUUGCGGUCCAUCACAGCUGGGAUUCAUGGACCAGUUUUAGGGGCGUCACCUCGUUGUAAAAAGCGAUUAUAAACUCUGCGAGUUUCCCGUCUCAAAUAGUUAAAAGGCAGAGUCCCUGUCGUGAUUUAUUGGCCUGAAUCCGCCCACUUUAGUUAUGCUUUCACUGAGUAAUAAGGCGUCAAAUCUAAACACUCACCUGACAGCUGUUAAUGAAUGUCUUGAAAAAGUUCCAAGGUUGUUAAAUGUGUUGGCACAAAGGUUUUUUUUUAUCAGUCAGCAACUUGAUUUGUAGAUUCUUGACCUUCUGUGAUCCUGGGACUAACUCUGAGUCAGGUAAGAAGAACACCUGAUCCGAUUAGUUUUCUCUUCUGUUCAUACUCAUCAUUUUUGAUUUGUUCUGUUUCAGUAAAGCUAAAAGAGGCGAAAGAAGAAGUAAUAAACCCUGCUUGUGUCUCUGCUCAGUGAAUGAAAAGGAGUGUCUAGAAUAGCUCAACAUUUUAAAGCACUGUGAUCCUCCACCCUCUCCCUUCAGUAACCAUGUGAUAGCUUGUACAAUAAGGUGUGGCAAACCUGUCUGUGGUUAUUAAGGAACAUACAUCAGCAGGACGCAGACGGGCUGACACCAUGCAGGAUUAUGAUGAGACUACAGCGUUCCUGGGUCAGUGGGGACGCUUCCAGCAGGUGGUCUUCUUUGUGCUCGUAGCCAGCAACAUACCCAACGGAUCUGGAGUCUUCUCUGUCGUCUUCAUUGCUGACAUUCCCAGACACCACUGCCUGCUUCCUGAUGUGAACAUCACUGAAGACUGGCUCCAUGUCAUCAUCCCAGUAGAGGUGAUAGAUGGAGAAGAGAAGCGGAGCAGCUGCAGCAGGUACCGGCUGGAUGUGGUCAGAAACCUCUCCGCUCAGGGAUUCCUUCCUGGCAGGGACGUGAACCUGACGGAGCUGCAGCAGGAGGGCUGUGUGGACGGGUGGAGCUACAGCAAAGACAUCUACCAGUCUACCAUCGUCUCUGAGUUUGACCUGGUGUGCAGCGAGCAGUGGAAGCAGACGUUCACCUCCACGGUCUUCUUCCUCGGGGUGCUUGUUGGAUCCUUAAUCUCAGGACAGCUCUCAGACCGGUUUGGGAGGAAGCCAGUCUUCUUUGCAACCUUGGUAGUUCAAACAGUUUUUGCCUUUGUGCAAAUCUUCUCCUCUUCGUGGGCGGUGUUCUGCGUCCUCCUGUUCGUCGUUGGAUUGGGACAGAUCUCAAACUAUGUGUCUAGUUUCGUGCUGGGCUCUGAGAUUCUGACCGGGCAUGUGCGAGUCCUGUAUUCAUCGAUGGGCGUGUGUCUGGGCUUUGCUGUGGGCUACAUGACGCUGCCUCUCUUGGCUUUCUAUUUCAGGGACUGGAAAUCUCUCCUGUUGGCAGUGUCUCUGCCCGGCCUGGUCUACUUACCUCUCUGGUGGGUCAUCCCAGAGUCUCCCAGAUGGCUGCUCACUCAGGGACGAGUGGAGGAGGCUGAGUCCAUCGUGAGGAAGGCUGCUAAGUGGAACAAAGUUCAGGCUCCACAGGUCAUCUUUAAGGAUUACAGCGCACAUGUUGAUGAGAAGAAGACUCCCUCAAUAGAGCGUCACAGUGUCUUCAGCCUGCUGAGGACCAAGACCCUCAGAAGCCUGACUCUGAUCCUGUGCCUAGUCUGGUUUACUCUGAGUACUGGAUACUACGCCCUGUCCCUGAACACAUCACGGCUUCAUGCUAACCCCUAUCUCAGCUGCUUCAUCUCAGCUGCUAUAGAGGUACCAGCUUACAUCACGAGCUGGCUCGCUCUGCGAUAUAUCCCAAGAAGAGUUUCCACCAUCUGUGUGUUGCUCACUGGAGGAGUGUCUCUGUUCUUCAUUCAGCUGGUUCCACAGAGUAUUCCUAGCCUCUCUGUUGCGUUGGAGAUGCUGGGUAAGUUUGGUAUUACCAGCGGCACGUCCCUGAUGUAUGCAUACACAGCAGAACUUUACCCGACAGUCAUCAGGAACACCGCGACCGGAGCGUGCUGUAUGGUGUCCAGAGUGGGAAGCUGCAUCGCACCGUUCUUAUUAGAGCUGAGUACUUUCUCUAAAUUCCUCCCAUAUAUCAUCCUGGGGACUAUGUCUGCUGUGUCUGCUGCAGCUGCUCUCUUCCUGCCAGAGAGUUUUGGACGACCUUAUCCUCAAACUAUUGAAGAGAUGUGUCAGGGACGAAGACAGAUCAGAACUGUGUUUUUGAGGAGUCAUUUGAAGGCCCCGUCGUGUUCGCCCUGCUGAAGACAAGUCACAGAUUCACUCCCGCCUCAGACCGGAUAUCAGAUCCUCAUUGAACCAGAGUCUUCUGUUCUGCUGGGUUUCCCUUCUCCUCAGCUCCGGUGAGUGUGUUCAUUUUCUUCUGACAACAUCUGAGGAAAAAAACACAUUAGUAUAAUUUAUUUAUUCACAUAUCACAGAGAAGAACAACUUCUCAUCAGGCUUGGUGUUAAUACUGCUUUAGGCAUACUCUGCAGGCUCUGGCGCCCUCUGCUGGACAACAGGAAAACACAUGUUUUAAAAUGUUGAUUUAAUGCUCCUCCUCUGCUAAAUGUUUUCUGAAGUGUGACUGAAUGACUAAUAUAAAUAUCUUCUACUUACUUUACAUCAAUAUAUUUUAUGAAUUUAAUCCUGACAUAAAAUGAAUUGAAAUAGAAAAAUCCUCAAAUGAGUUAAAAUGUCUUCCACACUCAUCUUUGCUUUAACAGUAAAUAUUGUGGCUCUAGUGUUUAAUAUAAAUCAAAGUGUUUCUGUUCAUGUGA